GUGUGUAAUUCGGACUUCAAACCGAGGACAAUAUACACGCCGCGGUGUGUAUAGUGACGGCUGAACAAUGGAUCUGUUGAAGAGGCAGAGCAGUGUGUUCCAACUGAACGGGAAAUUGAAAGCCGUGAUCCUCAUCGGCGGACCCCAUGUGGGAACAAGGUUUAGACCUCUGUCUCUCGAACUGCCUCAGCCUCUGUUCCCUAUUGCUGGCUCUCCGUGGCUCCAGCACCACAUAGAGGCCAUCGUAAAGCACCCUGAUGUCAGAGAGAUCCUGCUCAUAGGAUUCUACAACCAGAGCCAACAGAUGAGCAGGUUUGUCGAUGACAUGCAGCGCAAGUAUGGAAUACCUAUAAGGUACCUGCAGGAGUAUGCUCCUCUGGGAACAGCGGGAGGAAUCUAUCAUUUCAGAGACCAGAUACUGCGAGGCAAUCCCAGAGCCUUCUUUGUCUUCAACUCUGACGUCUGCUGUGACUUCCCUGUCUGGGAGAUGGCCCAGUUCCACUCCAAUGUGACGGGAGGGAAUGGGUAUGUGAUACUAGGAACUGAAGCCAAUGAGCAGCAAGCCCUCAGCUAUGGCUGUAUUGUUGAGGAACCCUCCACACACAAGGUGCUGCAUUAUGUGGAGAAGCCGGAGACGUUUGUAAGCAACAUCAUCAAUGCAGGUGGAUACAUCUUCUCUCCUGACAUUUUCCAACAUCUGACCCGUGCUUUCACUGCCAACUAUGAGAAUGAACUAAUCCAUGAUGCAGCACGGGACUCCAUUGAUCUUCAUAGCAGUGUCCUCACUCCAUUGGCUGGGAAUGGGGAUGGAGGAAAACUCUAUGUCUACAAGAUGAACUCUGGCUUCUGGACUCAGGUCAAGAAUGCAGGCCAUGCCAUCUAUGCCAACCGGCUCUAUCUGUCUCUAUUUAAAGAGCGCCAUCCAGAGUACCUGGCCACCAACACUCCAGGUGGCCAUGAGAUAUACGGAGCAGUCCGCAUACACCCUUCUGCACAAAUUGACUCCUCUGCUGUGCUGGGUCCGAAUGUGUAUGUUGGUGCUGGAGUGGUGAUAGGAGCUGGGGCAAGAGUGAGGGAGGCCAUAGUGCUGGACAGAGCUGUCAUACAGGAGCAUAGCUGCGUUCUGCACAGUAUUGUAGGCUGGGACUGUGUGCUAGGGGCGUGGUCACGGAUUGAGGGCUACCCUAGUGAUCUGAAUCCUAAUGACCCAGUAGCCAAGAUUACCAGUGAAUCCCUGUUCAACCUGGACGGGAGGCUCAAUCCUUCUAUCACCAUUCUUGGUCAGGGAGUGUCAGUACACUCAGAGCUUAUAGUUCUGAACACUGUAGUCCUCCCACACAAGGAGCUGACUUCAAGUUACAAGAACCAGAUUAUUCUCUAAAAACUAUUUUGUUUCUGCACACACACACAUUGUACGUAGAUGUGUGACUGCGCAUGCGCGCAGUGGGGGCGUGCGUGUGGGCUCGGCGGAAUGUUCGCGAAAGUUGGCGAACACUCGCGUCUGUUCGAAAUGGUCUCCGUGAGUUCGGGAAGAAAGCCUGCUUCCUAGAUAAUCGUGCUCACGACGUUCAACCUCCAUUAAGAUCCACGAAGCAAUUCCACCGGAGAACAAGCAAAGAGCAGCAGCAAUUCACCAUGGGCAAAGACUACUACAAGAUACUGGGAGUGGGUCGUACGGCGACGGACGACGAACUCAAGAAGGCCUAUCGAAAGAUGGCCCUAAAGUAUCACCCCGACAAGAACAGUGAUCCAGGCGCAGAGGAGAAGUUCAAGGAGAUAGCCGAGGCCUACGAGGUCCUCUCUGAUUCUCAAAAGCGUCACAUAUUUGACCAAUACGGUGAAGAAGGACUAAAGUCAAAGGGAGGACCAAGUAGUGGUGCUGGCAGCUACACCUUCCAGGGAGACCCGCACAGGAUAUUCGAGCAAUUCUUUGGUGGGAGAGACCCGUUCAGUGCCUUUGGGAAUGGGUUCAGCAGCGGUGCAUUUCAGUUUGGAGGGCCCUCGAUGGGCCAGGCUUUUCAAUUUGGAGGCCAGGAGGGGAUGGAUUUCACUCCUAACGGCAGCAAUCCCUUCAUGAGUGGGUUUGCUGGGCCAAAGCGGCCGCGGGCACCACAGCAAGACCCACCCAUUGAGUACCCACUGUGUGUGACUCUGGAGGAGCUAUUUACUGGGUGCACCAAGAAGAUGAAGAUCUCAAGGAGAGUUCUGAAUCCUGACGGCACCACCACAAGCCAGGCCAAGGUACUGUCGAUUGACAUCAAGCCUGGUUGGAAGGCAGGUACAAAGAUAACCUACCCAAAGGAGGGCGACCAGGCAGUUGGUAGAACACCUGCAGAUGUGGCGUUUAUCAUCCAGGAAAAGCCUCAUUUGAACUUUGCUCGGGUUGGCAACGACUUGCAGUACACGGCCAACAUCUCACUGAACCACGCCCUCUGUGGGGGAUCAAUCGAAGUCCCUACCAUUGAGGGAGGGGUUGUUUCACUCCCGCUCACUAAAGUGGUCAAUCCUGAUACUCGCAAGAUAAUCCCUGGGCACGGAAUGCCGUUCUCGAAAGAACCGGACAAGAGAGGGGACCUAAUUGUCAAUUUCAAUAUUCACUUCCCUCAGCAACUUUCAUCGCAGACCAGGAGCCAACUCACCAAACUAUUACCUGUUGCUUGUGCAUCACAUUGCUAGGUGUUUUUUGUGUUCAGUUUUGUGUUCUUUAUGUUGUACUAUCGUGCAGUGUAGAACUGUCACCUUUCUAUCCAGUCUAUUCGAUAACGUCCGUGGCAAACUUUGCUCGUGUAAAAACAGACA